GAAGAAUUAGUUUAUGGCAAGGCAUUAAAAGGAUACACCUUCACGACUUUACAUAACUCAAGCACGUUUGAAUGCUUGUGUUACUGCCACCAUAAACUCAGAUGCCAGAGCUAUAACUACGUAAUAAAAGAUAAUAUCUGCGAAAUUAAUAACAGAACAAAGGAAGCCAAACCAGAAAACUUCGUGUCAGAUUCAGAGCGGUUUUACAAGAAGCGUGGAGCACAUAGAGGUAAAAUUAACUAGAUCAUUGCGUUUAGAUAUCUGUCUUAGAUAAGUGGUCCCGACCGAAAACGGCGCUUUCCAAGAUAAUGCGUCGAAGGUAUUUAACAAUCUACUAGAAACUAUAAACUGUAAAGAUUACAGAACCUUUUUAAGACUUUCAAGGAUUUUUUUUAUGUAACAGAGUACAGAGUGAUUAGUUAGUUUCACUGUAAUCUCGAUUCUGUUAAUCCUGCUUCUAUUUUUAAUUGUAAAUUGCAUAAUUUGGAAAUAAUUUAAUUUGAUUUACUUAUAAUAAUAAUUGAUGUACUUUAACAGGGAAGAGCCACCUAGUGGUUCUGUUAAUAAACCAUUAUUAUUAUUAUUAUUACUAUUAUUAUUAUGAUUAUAAUUGUUAUUAUUACUUUGUUAUGGCUUUAAUUAAACGGUAUUUCCCACAGCGUGGAGACGAGUGUGGGCGAGCGGUUAAGACCUGGAACUCCAGAACUGGUGUCCGGGGUUCAAGCCUCGCCCGUCGCGUUGUUUCUUUGGACAAGGAACUGUACUCCAGUUUGUCUUUGCUGAGGGGUAACCCUGCGAUGGACUAGCGUCCCGUCCAGGGGGGAGUAGCAAUACUCCUGGGCAUGCUUCAUGCUAAGGAAAUCGGGAUAAGCUAUGGACGUUUGGCCUUAGGCUCGUGUGCGCCAUACCUUUUUUUACCCAUUCACGCUUACAGUGAUCCUAGGUUCCACAUCUAUAUUACCGGCACAAUCGUGUGACGAAAUCAAAAUCAGUGAAGGCCGAGAUGCAGUCAAUGGUAAUUGGAGGCUUUCAAACCCUAAUGGUACUGAAGAAGCUAUCUUGACUUACUGUGACAUGAAU